AGGAAGUGACGUCACUACGUGGUUUCCGUUGCUACAUGUAAACAAAGCGCAGUUAGCUGCGGCUACCCCGGUGACGAGAACUGGGCAGUAAUCAGAACCAAGCCGAAUCGGUGGAUCCGGACCGGGACGUCUUAGGGAUGGAGUGAACCAGAACCGGCACCAUGUCCAUGGAAGAUCCGUUCUUCGUCGUUAAAGGGGAAGUGGAGAAGGCGGUCCACGCUGCCCAGAGUCUCCAUCGCCGCUGGGUGGAGCUGCAGCCGGAAGUGGGCGGAGCCUCCACGGAGGAAGCGGAUUGGACGACCAAUGAGCUGCGGAACGGCCUGCGGUCCAUCGAGUGGGACCUGGAGGACCUGGACGAGACCAUCAGCAUCGUGGAGUCCAACCCCAGGAAGUUCCACCUGGAUGCCGCCGAACUGACGAAGAGGAAGGCCUUCAUCACCGGCACCCGCCGCACCGUCCAGGACAUGAAAGAACAGAUGUUGGGUCCAGCAGCUGGUUCUGGUUCAGCAGACAGACAUGGCAAACAGGUUCUGCUGGGAGGUGCCCGGGAUCCCAUCUGGCAGCCUGGUUCCGAUCGGUUCGGCCCGCCGGACCGCCGGCUGCAGAGCGCCAACUCUGAGUUCAUCGGCGAGCAGCAGACACAGCAGCAGCUGAUCGCGGAGCAGCAGGACGAGCAACUGGAGCGGGUUUCCGGAACCAUUGGGGUUCUGAAGAACAUGUCGGAGCGGAUCGGCCUGGAACUGGACGAGCAGGCCGGGAUGCUGGACGACUUUGGACAUGAGAUGGACAGCACUCAGUCCCGCCUGGACAACGUCAUGAAGAAACUAGCUAAAGUCUCACACAUGAACAGCGAUCGCCGCCAGUGGUGUGCGAUUGGAGUGUUGCUGCUGAUCCUGCUGAUCGUCAUCAUCCUCUUCUUCAUCCUCUGACUGAAGCAUGACAUUGACCCAAACCGCUGAUCCCAGCCCUCUGGACCCGGUCCGGUCCAACAUGUUCCUGCUGUGAUUUUCACAUGUUGAACUUUAUUUCAGAGAAAAAAAAGUCUGUUCAGUUUGUUUUUGUUUUUUUAUUUAAUAUUCUGAAAGUACCUAGCAUAACUCUAAAACCAACUAGUUUAACCAGUCUAACCAGUUCCAACACGGACUUUAUGACUCAGCAGAACCUGGGUCCAUUCUGUUCACUCAGAACCACUUUGACCCGUUUGAGCUUCAAUCUGACUGGCUCCUGACUGCAGCAGGAGAAACAUGGCCGGGUUCUGGAGGUUCUGGAUAGGAGUGCGCCGAUUGCAGUUUUCUGACCGAUGGCCGAUAAUCGAUCUUUAAAAAGCCUGAGCUGCCGAUUCCGACUUUCUUUGUCUGAAAUGUCGAUAAAUAAAAUUAAUUAUUUAUUUGGGUAACAAUAACUAUUGUUACUGCAGACAUGCAGACAGGACUGUGUGGGCGGAGCUAGCCUGGUGGGCGGGGCUAACAGUCUAACCUCAGCAGAGGACAGUGGCUGAUUUUUAGAGCUUUGUUGAUGUAGAUCAGAUCGUCCGAUCACUGAUCUCCCAAAACGAAGGAAAUCUGCACCAAUGAAUCGGCUGGCCGAUAAAUCAAUGCACCCCUAGUUCUGGAUGAGAAACCAAAACCAGAAGUCUGGUUGUCCAGAACCAGAACCCUGACCCAAACAUCCGUUUUAUUUUCUCCAGAACCGAAGCAAACCUCAUUCUAAACUAGAUCAGUUUAAACUGGUUCAUUUUAACUGGUUUAUUUGAGCUCUAACUGGUUAAUUUGGUGGAAUUCACUUAAAAACACUACAUUUUGUUUGUUUGUUUUGUUUACUGAAAACCUUUAGUUUGUUAAACAGUUUUAUUUAAGCGACAUGUUGACGUUUGAAUUCAGAUUAUUGAAAUUGUUUACGAUUUAGAUUUGAGUCCUCAACCACACUUCCUGCUGCUCCUUCACAAUAAAAGCCUCGCUCUAUGGUAAACUGUCAGCUUAGAAGUAGCAGCAGCUUCUGACAAACUCUUAUUCUGAAGUAGCAACAGGAAGUCUGAUAAAUGAGCUAUCUUUAUGAGAACAGCUGACCAAGAAGCAGUCAAUCAUGGCUUUACACAUCAUCAGGUGUGACAAGAGGCAGCAGUUUGGUCAAUGAAACAUUUCAUUUCUGACUGAUCAACUUUAUUAAAGCAACUUGUUGGAAACUCCAGCUUUAGUAAAGGAGCAGUUCAUUUUAUUUCAGCUGA